ACAAUUGACAAAUGAGUCAUAAGAAUUCUCGAAUCUCGAAGUUGACGUCAUAUCUGACUGUAAAACAAUAAUAUUUUUUAUCUUUAAUUCCUUUAAUACAUAUAUUUAAUUAUUCAUUAAUCAUGGGCAAUGAAAUGUCGCAAUCUGCAAUGGAAAAGCAUCUAUUUAAUCUUAAAUUUGCCGUAAAAGAAUUAGAGAGGAACUCGAAAAGAUGCGAAAAAGAAGAGAAACAGGAAAAAGCUAAAACUAAACAAGCAAUUCAAAAAGGUAAUAUGGAAGUGGCUCGAAUACAUGCAGAAAAUGCAAUAAGACAGAAGAACCAGUCUUUAAAUUAUUUAAGAAUGUCUGCUCGAGUUGAUGCAGUGGCUAGCAAAGUGCAAUCUGCUGUUACAACCAGGAAAGUUACAAACUCUAUGGCAGGUGUUGUAAAAGCAAUGGAUGCAGCUAUGAAGAGCAUGAACUUAGAGAAGAUAUCAAAUGUUAUGGAUAAAUUUGAGCAACAGUUUGAAGAUCUAGGUGUACAAACGGAUGUUUUGGAAAAUACAAUGGCACAGACAACCACCACAUUGAUACCACAGAAUGAUGUUGAUUCUUUGAUGCAGCAGGUAGCUGAUGAGGCAGGUUUGGAACUUAAUAUGGAACUACCAGAAGGUCCCCAGGGUACCAGUAUCGCAUCGACCCAAGUUUCCCAAGAACAAGAUGAACUUACUCAGAGGCUUGCAAAAUUAAGACAAACCGAAUAGAAAACUGCUAGACCAGUUAGAUUGAGAUGGGCUGUUAUUGAUAUAGGACAUAUUUAGGAAAAAUACAAAUUAUUCCUACAUUAAUCUUAGAAAUUAUUUAAAAUAAUGCAUUUUAUCAGCUGUAAAAAUAUAGUCUUAUAUCCAUAACAGCAAGAUUUAACUUGUUAAUAAUUAAAAAAAAGGUCAACUAUAAAAUUACUUGUGAUAUCUCAUUUUUUU